AUGCCAAUUCCAUUCUUCUACGAUGUACUUGUCAAUGGCCCCCCAGCUUGGGUUCCCGAUUGGGCACGCGACCCAUGGAUCUUGUUCCAAAUUGGAGCCGUUACCGGAUUCCUGUACCUUCUAAAGCGAUACUCCAGCGGAACCGUGAGCGUGGCGGAACGCAAAAUGCACGGAAGGAUAGUCAUGAUAACUGGCGGGACAUCAGGAAUAGGCGCUGCUGUAACACGAGACUUAGCUGAACGAGGAGCUCAAAUUGUGCUUCUUACCCACCUACCGCCGUCGAACCCUUUCCUCGCUGAUUAUAUCGGGGAGUUACGCCAACGAACGAAAAACCAAAUGAUAUAUGCGGAACAGGUCGACCUCUCUUCUCUACAUAGUAUUCGUAAAUUUGCUACCAAAUGGAUCGAUAACGCACCGCCUCGCCGGUUGGACAUGCUCAUUCUAUGUGCUGCUACUAUUACACCACCAGGGGGUAAACGUACGGAGACGGAAGAAGGAAUUGAAGAGAUGUGGAUGGUCAAUUAUCUCGCCAAUUUCCAUCUAUUAGGAAUAUUAAGUCCAGCUCUCCGAGCCCAACCCUUCGAUCGCGACGUACGAAUAAUUAUUCCGACGUGUUCCUCUUACAUUCGGUCUCCCACGCUUAAUAGUGCGCUCGUGAAGAAGGAAUGGGCCCCAGGGAAAGCUUAUGCCCGAAGCAAGCUGGCAUUAAUGGUAUUUGGGCAAGCGUAUCAAAAACAUCUCGAUGCGUACAAGCGACCGGACGAACUUCCAAUGAACUCACGAGUCAUCUUCGUCGACCCUGGCUUUACGCGCACUCCUGGAAUGCGGCGAUGGUUGACACGAGGUUCACUCUGGGGACUUGCGGUCUAUGUAUUCUCCUACAUAGUACCCUGGUUUCUGUUAAAGAGCCCGGAAAUGGGUGCCCAGUCUAUUCUUCAUGCCGUUAUGGAUCCAAGGCUAGGGAUGGGACCGGGUGGCAAGCUUAUUAAGGAAUGUCGCGAGGUUGACUUUGCGAGGAUGGAGGUAAAGGAUGAAGAGGUAGCGAAAAAGCUAUGGGAAGCCAGUGACAAGCUUAUUGAAAAGACCGAGAAGGAACAGGCAGCGCUGAGGGUUUUGGAAAAGAAAAAGCAAGAGUUAAAAGAGCAGGAGAAGAAGGAAGCAGAUAAGGCCGAGGAGAUCGACUCGUUAAUAAACACGAUCAAGAAGGGGAAAGAGGCUGAAAAGAAAACUUCGCGACGGAAGGGUAAAAAGACUUCGUCGUAA